UUGCGGGUCAACUUGUAAUUGUGCCAUGGGUCUCUAAAGUCUAAAGUUAUCUCGAAACAAACCCAAUCAGACCCGAUAGUUUUCAGCCAUGGCCGGAUCAUCCACGGUCGAAGAACGGCCCCCGCAACAUCUAGUGUUCAUCAAUUUUCGUGGGGCGGAUAUACGCUUUGGAUUCGUCAGCCAUCUCGUCGAAGCCUUCAAAAAACAUAAAAUUAAUUUCGUUUACGACGACUAUGAAGACAGAGGCCAACCCAUAGAAAUUCUACUGACGAGGAUAGAGCAGUCGAGAAUCGCUCUAGCAAUAUUCUCCGGCAAGUACACUGAGUCAUUUUGGUGUUUGGAAGAGUUGACGAAGAUCAGGAAUUGUGAGAAGGAAGGCAAACUCGUGGCUAUUCCCAUCUUCUACAAGGUGGAGCCAUCGACGGUUAGAUAUUUGAUGGGAGAAUUUGGUGAUAGUUUUAGGAGUCUGCCUAAGGAUGAUGAGAAGAAAAAGGAGUGGGAGGAAGCUUUGAAUGUUAUUCCUGGUAUAAUGGGCAUCAUUGUCAAUGAGAGAAGCUCCGAGAGCGAAAUAAUCAAAAAAAUUGUGGAGGAUGUUAAGAAAGUGCUGUACAAGUUUCCAUCGGAGGAAAGCCAAAAGGCCUCUGUGGUUCCUUUAGAAAACAGUAACACUGUAACUUUCUCAGGAAAAGAAAAGCAUAAGACUUUUGGAAACAAACAGCGUCUGAAGGAUUUGGAAGAGAAGUUGGAUGUUGAUAGAUACAAGGGAACUCGCAUCAUCGGAGUUGUAGGGAUGCCCGGAAUUGGUAAAACAACACUGCUGAAAGAGCUCUUCGACUUGUGGCAGCGUAAGUUUAACAGCCGGGCAUUUAUCGAUCAAAUCCGUGAAAACUCAAAUGACCCUGGCUUGGAUUCCCUGCCGCAAAUGCUCUUAGGAGAGUUACUACCAUCAUUGAAAGAUCCUGAGAUAGAUGAUGAUGAAGACCCCUACAGAAAGUACAAGGAUCAACUGCUCGAACGGAGAGUUCUUGUGAUUCUUGAUGAUGUUAGUAAAAGUGAACAAAUAGACGCUCUUUUCCGGAGACGCGAUUGGAUUAGUGAAGGGAGCAGGAUUGUCAUUGCAACAAACGACAUGUCCUUACUAAAGGGUCUGGUUCAGGAUACUUACGUUGUCCGGCAAUUGAACCACCAAGACGGCAUGGAUCUUUUUCACUAUCAUGCCUUUAAUAGUAAUAGAGCCACUCCUCCCAAGGGAGAUUUCAACAAGAUGUCAGAAGAUUUCGUUCAUUAUGCAAAAGGCCAUCCACUAGCUCUCAAAAUAUUGGGAAUAGAACUUUGUGGGAAAGAAAGGACCACGUGGGAAGAAAAACUGAAGUUACUCGCUAAAAGUCCCAGCCCUUAUAUUGGAAGUGUCUUGCAAGUAAGUUAUGAAGAAUUGAGUCCAGGGCAAAAAGACGCCUUUCUCGACAUAGCCUGUUUCAGAUCGGAGGAUGUGGAUUAUGUAGAAAGUUUACUGGCUUCAUCUGACCUUGGAUCUGCUGAAGCAAUGAAUGCAGUAAAAGCUCUCGCAGAUAAGUGCCUGAUUAAUACUUGUGACGGCCGAGUGGAAAUGCAUGAUCUACUCUAUACAUUUGCCAGGGAACUUGAUUCUAAAGCAUCCACUUGUAGCAGAGAACGGAGGCUGUGGCACCAUAAAGAGCUUAUCAGGGGAGGCGAUGUUGAUGUACUGCAAAAUAAGAUGAGAGCUGCCAAUGUCAGAGGUAUUUUCCUAGAUUUGUCUGAAGUCAAAGGCGAAACAAGCUUAGACAAAGAUCACUUCAAAUGUAUGACUAAACUUCGGUAUCUCAAGUUCUACAAUUCUCAUUGUCCACACAAAUGUAAAACCAAUAAUAAAAUAAACAUCCUUGAUGGACUUAUGCUGACAUUGAAAGAGGUCCGAUGCCUCCACUGGCUAAAAUUCCCAUUGGAGAAACUUCCAAACGAUUUCUAUCCAAAUAAUCUCGUCGACCUUAAGCUGCCCUACAGUGAGAUUAAACAACUUUGGGAGGGUGACAAGGAUAUACCAGUCUUAAAAUGGGUCGAUCUCAAUCACUCAAGUAAGUUGUGCAGCUUGUCAGGAUUAUCAAAGGCUCAAAAUCUUCAAGUGUUGAACCUUGAAGGGUGCACAAGUCUCAAAUCUCUUGGAGAUGUGAAUUCGAAAUCUCUUAAAACUCUCACCCUCAGCGGCUGCUCAAACUUCAAGGAAUUUCCUUUAAUUCCAGAAAAUCUAGAAGCUUUAUACUUGGACGGAACAGCAAUAAGUCAACUUCCUGAUAACUUGGUGAACCUCCAGAGACUUGUCUCAUUGAAUAUGAAAGACUGUCAAAAGCUGAAGAAUAUCCCAACCUUUGUCGGUGAGCUGAAAUCUCUUCAAAAACUGGUACUCUCUGGUUGUUUAAAGCUCAAGGAAUUUUCAGAAAUCAACAAGAGCUCUUUAAAAUUUUUACUUCUGGAUGGGACGUCCAUCAAAACCAUGCCACAGUUACCCUCAGUGCAGUAUUUAUGCUUAAGCAGAAAUGAUAAUCUCAGCUACCUUCCAGCUGGCAUCAAUCAACUUUCUCAAUUAACACGGCUGGAUUUGAAGUAUUGUAAGAAGCUUACAUCUAUUCCAGAGUUGCCACCAAAUCUUCAGUACUUAGAUGCACACGGCUGUAGCUCACUGAAUACUGUCGCAAAACCGCUCGCCCGUAUCAUGCCGACCGUGCAGAACCGUUGCACUUUCAAUUUCACCAACUGUGAUAACCUGGAGCAAGCUGCAAUGGAUGAAAUCACAUCGUUUGCUCAAAGUAAAUGCCAGUUUCUAUCAGAUGCUCGUAAACACUACAAUGAGGGUUUUAGUUCAGAGGCUUUGUUCACCACUUGCUUUCCUGGAUGUGAGGUGCCUUCGUGGUUUUCUCAUGAAGAAAGAGGAUCUCUGAUGCAACGAAAACUCCUCCCACAUUGGCAUGACAAGAGCCUUUCUGGGAUAGCUCUAUGUGCUGUAGUCUCAUUUCCUGCUGGCCAAACUCAAAUCAGCAGCUUCUCGGUGGCAUGCACCUUUACGAUAAAAGUUCAAGAAAAGUCUUGGAUCCCCUUUACUUGCCAGGUAGGAAGUUGGGAGGGAGACAAGGAAGACAAGAUUGAGUCAGAUCAUGUUUUUAUAGCCUACAUUACUUGCCCACAUACGAUAAGGUGUCUCGAAGAUGAGAACUCUGAUAAAUGCAAUUUUACUGAAGCCUCUCUUGAGUUUAAUGUGACUGGUGGUACAAGUGAGAUAGGAAAAUUCACGGUGUUGAGGUGCGGCUUAAGUUUGGUUUAUGCAAAAGAUAACAACAGAAACAGUUCUCAUGAAGCAAAGUAUGAUAUGCCUGUUGAAGUAAACUUUCAAGAACCUCAACAUGGGAUGAAGGAGGAGAAAAGAAAACUAAAAGAUAAAGAAUUCAUGAUAGACGACCAAAGAAGAAACGGAAAAACAGAAGGUGUGAAAAUGUCUAGUGACACUCAUACUUGUGGUGCAAGUGUAACUCCAAGAAUGGGAGAUCUCCAAGCAAAUGGUUGAAAAUCUCCAAGGUGGAAUGAUCAUGUUUCAGGUGAACCAUAUUCUUACACAAAACAGAAAACACCAAGGAGUAAUUAAUAAAGAAGACUGUACAUUAGUAAUUUCUUGAUGGCGUAUUUUUAUAGAGGGAUACAUAUGUCAUGGGUGGAGCAAAUCUUUCUGGAGCAGUUGGUGUUCUUUUUCCUAUGUAAUGCUAAAGCAUCUGCUUCAGCCAAAAGACCCUUUUUGGCAGAGGGUUUUUGUUUACAAAAGCUUCUCUUUUACCAUCAAUUUACUUUAUUUUGAAUUCAGUGUUCACAAGAUUUCAUGUCAAGUUGCAGAGCAGAAAGGUAAUCAUUUAUUAGAGAUCUUAAUUUGUUGUUGCCGGUUCAAGUUAAUUUCAUGGUCUUGUUUGGUUAUCAAUUCUUUGUAAGACUCUUUUUUACGGUUGAAUAAAGA